AUGCUUUUUAAUUUGAGGAGCUUUUUCCAUAUUAAAAAAUUAACAUGGAACAACAAGCAUCUGCUGCGACAUGUUUGGCGUGGGCCACCAGCUCAAAUGAAUGUAAGCCUGAAAGGUCGCGACCUCCUUACUCUACAGAACUACACAGCUGAUGAACUGAAGCAUUUGCUGUGGAUGGCUUCAGAUUUGAAACAAAGGAUAAAGCACAAAGGAGAGUACUUACCUUUGAUGCAAGGAAAAGCUUUGGCCAUGAUUUUUGAGAAGAGAAGUACAAGAACAAGAUUAUCUGCAGAAACAGGAUUUGCUCUCCUUGGAGGACAUCCAUCUUUCCUUACAACACAAGACAUUCAUCUGGGCACUAACGAGAGUCUCACAGAUACAGCAAGGGUGCUGUCCAGUAUGACAAAUGCAAUCCUGGCUCGCGUUUAUAAACAUAAUGAUCUGGACCUAAUGACGAAAGAAGCCACAAUCCCAGUAAUCAAUGGAUUGUCCGAUUUAUAUCAUCCUCUACAGAUUUUAGCUGAUUACCUAACUCUUCAGGAGCACUACGGUGGUCUGAACGGACUCACCAUCACCUGGAUCGGGGAUGGAAACAACGUCCUCCACUCCAUCAUGACGAGCGCUGCAAAGCUAGGAAUGCAUCUCCGUAUUGCAACGCCCAAGGGCUUUGAACCAGAUCUGAGAAUAACGAAAAUAACUGAACAAUACUCCAAAGAGUAUGGUACCAAGUUGCUUCUCACAACAGAUCCGUUGGAGGCUGCAAAUGGUGCCAAUGUCUUAGUUACAGAUACAUGGAUAAGCAUGGGGCGAGAAGAGGAAAAGGAAAGAAGACUAAAGGCAUUUCAAGGUUAUCAGAUUACAAUGCAGACUGUGAAAUCUGCUGCUCCCAACUGGACAUUUUUACAUUGUUUACCCAGAAAACCUGAAGAAGUUGAUGAUGAAGUAUUUUAUUCUCCAAGAUCAUUGGUUUUCCAGGAGGCAGAAAACAGAAAAUGGACAAUUAUGGCUGUCAUGGUUUCCCUGCUGACGGAUUACUCACCACAGCUACAAAAACCUACAUUUUGAUGCUUGGAUUCCAGCCAAAAGAAAAAAUGGCAGAAUAUUCUGGUCCACAAAUCGUCUACCUUCUUCAGAAAGGAUUGAGGCAAUGAAUGAUUCUUUAAUAAAACUGUGUGGUUAGCUCUGCUGAAGUAUGUAAUAUUGCAUUACAUUUGUGAAAAUGUUUGAGACAAUAAAUGCCAUUCCAAAAGCUGCUUCUCGUCUAGAGCCUCUAAGCUGUGUACCUUUUCUAAUGAUCAGCAUCACUGAAAAAUUUCCAAUGCUGUUCUUUAAUGAUUGGCUUUACCAGCAUCAGAGGCAUAUUACAGUCUGUUUUUUUUUUUUCAUUCUUUCUUUUUCUAUUUACUUUGU